AUGGCACAGCAAAAUCAGGCAUUAGAUUAUUACGAGGAAUUUGUCCUCGCGAGCUUUCAACGGUUGGUUUCGAAAGCGCAAAAUUACGCUGUUGGAUUGGAUCAAGACGGCCAGCUCAGGAGAGCCUAUACGCACAUUUCCCAUGGACAGUUCAACCAAGUUCUAGUAUUAUUUCUGAUAUCCCUCAAAGGACGCAUCUACGAAACUGCAGACGUGUUCUGCCAUCCCUUUCUCCUAUCCAGAGACCCAAUAUACCAGCUCUGGUCCAUUUGUCAAACCCUGUUCCAAAUUGAUACUAUCCUUGAUCAAAUAAAUGCUUUGAUAACAGCCCCGAUAUGGACUCCGACGCAGCCGCUUCACAUUUCAAGCAAUAAAGAUUCUUCUACGAUGUCCGGUUUUUCAUCUUCAGUGAAAGAGAAGGUAUUGGCCGUUUUCAAACAACUGGCAAGGCACUUCUCCUUAUAUUACAUCAGGCUGCCACUAUCUGAAGAUUCGAAAAACCAGAUCGAAAUCAGAAAUUCAUUGAAGUCAAGCGUUCGGUAUGUGGGACAAUGCAUAGAAGUAGCUGUGGACCAGUUUUCUCGGACGGAGAUUCGGACGUUCCAAUCAAUGUGGCAAUCUUUGGUCAGCAAAAUGGACGAGACACUCAGCUACACGGCCGAGGCUCUCACUCAAGAAGCGAAUAGUCCCCAAGCAGUGCGAAUUCAACAACUAUAUCGCGAGGCAAUUUUAAUGAUCAAGCUGUCGCGGCUCCUUCUCAACAAAAUGUCCAAGCCAACGAACAGCGAAGCCCAUCCAAUCUCGCGAAUGUCAAGCAGAUAUCAUAUCGCUUUGAUGCAGUCUACCCACAUGCUAGCAUAUGACAUCAAUGAUUAUGUCCAGAGUAUCGGCAUAUUCGAUCCACACCCUGACACAUUCAAUCAAGAGCCAGCGGAAAAUAUUGAGGCAGCUGUGGCAGAGACAUUGAAGAUAAUCAAUAGCCUUCUUGAUGGUCAAGAUUCUGAAACAUCUAAUCAACAUUCCAACCAACGUUGGAAGGAUUGGUAUAAACGAUGGAGAGAAGCAUUUGAUAUGGCCGCUGAGCGUUUCCAGGCGACAUUGGAAGCUAUCCACAUGUAG